ACGGCAACAGUUUAGCAAACGAAACGUUCCCUUACAAUGAACGUCUAAUCUUUCGAUGUAGUUAGCAGGUAAAAAAUAAAUGAAAAUAAUUAACAUUAAAUCUGGAAUACAUCAAUGGAUUUCUAUAUGAGGUAAAGUUUUAAUAUUUCAUAAUUAUUUUGGCGUUUAAGGUGCCUUUUCUACGUUACACACAGCAAAUUUGGAAAAUCAGUCAACAACCGAGUGAACUAUUAAACAUUUAAAGUAAACGCAUAGCUAAAUUAAACUUAAAUGUGUUUUCACCACUCCUUAAUGCUGAUUCUGUGAUAUUAGCCAUGAAAACGAUCGCCUCAGAGCAACGACGCCAUCACGAGCUCAACGGGCCUGAUGCGCUGGAACAGACGAGAGUUAAAUUCAACAUCAACAAUGACUCUAACGAUAGUCCAAGGAAUAAUGUGCCCGCUUUACCGCUAACGUGGGACUCCUUAGAGUCAGAUACUGAGAGUUUGGUGCAAGAGAAGGAGUACCAGCGAGAGCUCCAGAUGCGCAUUGACCUCCUCUCUGCUGAGAACCCCAAACAACAUGAUGCCAAGACUGACAGUGAAGAACCAGAGCAUCUUGAUGUUUAUGAUAGUCUGGAUCUGAAACCAAGACAGGUCAAAGGACCACAUGAGCCACUGAGGCAAGCUCCUCCUGAAGAUGAAUACGCUGACUUGCGCUACGACCCAAACUGGAGGAAGAAUCUGGAAGGGGCUCAUUUUCUCAACCAGCUAAAUGCGAGACUUUCUCUCGACUCGUUUGAGGAGUCUGAAGAUAGUCUUGAACCAUUGGAGAAUGUGCCUCUAGGUAGCAGGCAAGAAUAUGUCGUUGUCAGUAAUCCACCCACAGUUCAGAUGGACAAUGUUUUAUCCCCGCCACCUUCAUCUCCUUUCCACCUGCACCCACAACAGGAAGACAUUCUCGAUCCCCCCGAAUCCAAAAGUUCUUGCAUGUCCUCUGAAGGCACACCACGGGAUAAUGGAGAUCAUCUGAAUGUCAAAUCAGUACCUCCCUGGAAGAGAAGCUCACAACAUCUUUCUAAUCCAAGGCCAGUGAGAGAUGGAGAAGACAUUGUGGAACGUAACAAGGCAACUCUUGGUAUCAACACGCAUAAGCAGGGGUCUUACCUAAAAGUUCACCAGCAGAAAGAUAAAACAGAGGAAACAAAGCGGCCCAGGCAAACCUCCUACGAGACUAUCAACACUCAUAGUCCGGAGAGUCAAGACAAUGUCCAGGAUCCCGAGCUGAUGUGGCUCCAAAAAACACUAAAACUGAAGAGCCAUAAGGAAAAAAAGGAACCGAAGAGAAGGGAACGAACCAGCAACCACCCAGAUCAGCUCAAGCCUCAAGUUCCUGAAUCCAAACCCAAAGCACACCUUAAACCCCUUACAGAGAGACACGUCAUCAGCGAUGAUCCCCCACUGCAGGACUCUGAGGAAGUUUACACCCAUGACCCACCACAACACCAUUCUGGACUUCCAUCUCACACUCAUGCUCCACCGACCGUCAACCUUAACAUAAACCUCCACACACCUGCCAAUCACACACAGCCACUGAAUCUUUCCCAGAAAGAGACCAUUUUUACUCUUGUUUCUCAAGCGUUGCAAUGGGAUAGGCCCUUUUUACAACAAGCCCCCAAGUCUGGAGUGGUACAAGCUGUGGACAAAAGUGUUCCUCAGAGGCAUGCUGGGAAACCUACUCCCAAUACAUUUGAGAAGGCAUCAUUCAAGAAUCACAGUAGACUCAGGAUACCAAUGUUAAAAUUGCCCACGUCUCCUCAAGUGGAGGCCAGUCACUAUCCAUCUGAGCUUUUGCCCAGUGAUGAGGAGAGCGUGGGACCCUGUGCGCCCCCAACACAAAUCUCUGGUCCUUACACAGUGCUGCCCCCUAUAGCCCAAGUUAACAGCAGCGACACUGAACUGUACUCUGAUAGAUCAGAGCAGCAUCUGAAUCCAGUUCACAGAAGCAGCUCAGAAGGUUACCUUUCACAGAUGGAAAAACAGAGACAGCUAAAGGCACAAUCAAAUUAUAAGGCUUAUACACUGAAGGACUACAAAAACAUGAAACAGGAGGGGAAACUUGGAGGUCUUGGACCAACGAACACAAUACCAGAAGCUGUGGCAGAGAAAAUUAGACGACAGAAGCUGUAUUCAAAUGUGAUCCGCGAACAGAACAAGAAGAUAAGUAGCAUUCCCUCUCUGUCGGCCAAGGACUCAGUGGGCAGUGACAACAAGGAUACCGUUCCCAGGAGGAAGGCUUUAGAAUAUGCCAAAACUAUUGCAAAGCCCAAACCCCCUCCAAAGCCAAAGGAUAGACCCAGAGAGCAGAACGUGAGCAUGCGGCCUCAAUAUCCGCAGGAAAUGGACCCAUUCCAUCUGGCCACUCUGGAGAUGUUGAGACGGCAUGAGGAAGAGAAACGUGCCGUGGCUCGUUUCAGAACCAUUCAUGCCAUUUAAUUCUAAAAAGCACCACGCAUACAUGAGUUUUAUCAAUUGCACUUCUAUAGAAUCCUCAUUUUUCCUUGCUUUAACUUUGUGUGUACUGUACAUAUGUGUAAUACUCAUUAGAAUCCUGCUCAGUUGCAAAGCGCUGGAAGUGGAACAGGUGCGUAGCACGUAAUCCACUGUGUACUCGUUUCGAAAACAAUUUUUCGAUAUAAAGAAAUCUCGAAUGAAAUGCUGUGGGGUUUUGUUGCUUGGCUUUGCAUUAUCCUGCUAUUUUCCCCUUGUUUCAAUAGGUCUGUGCACAAGAGCGCCAAUCUCUUCAAGCACACCUGGAUGCACCGUUAACCCAGUGUAACGUGCCGUUUUCUGUCAGUUCCCGGCUAUUAGUCUGAUUAUAUCCACUUUCGCCUGCCCUUUUCUUUCAGCGAGAGAAAAAAAUAGGUCAAAUAAGGAUGACACUUUGAAGCCUCCCUUAUUAGAGCCCACAAACUUGUUUUCUGUAUUUUAAAGUGAUAAUUUUCCCCCUAAAACAAGCUCAAGCACCUAUUUCUUUAAUGGAAGCUUUAGAUCGUUAUCAAAGAGCUAUUUACUCCUAUGUAAUAUUUUAAUUAGAUUAUAGCCUCUAUUUAACCCAUCAUGUCUGCUUUGAUACUCUGUGUUUUCAGUGUUAAGCCUCAGAGGCGAGGCUAAUAAAUGCUGGACCUUUUGAAUUAAUGAGAAAUGCUGCCUUUCCAGACCGACUCUCUUUGCAUCUUUUUCACUCUCUCUCUUUCCUGCCAUUGAAAUCAGUUAAUUGAAGGGGUCUCUCUCAACCGCACAUGAAGGAGGUUGAAUUAGCAUCCCUUUUUACGGAUUGGGAGACUGAGGCAGGCUUUGAUCUGUGGACAGUGCUGAAGGAGGCGGCAGGCCCCUGAAAAUGAGCUGAUGGCUCUGCUAUUAGAGCAACAUGCAGAUGCGUCCAUGUGUUGCAAAACGCUUAAUCUUUUAAUUGAUCACCUUCCGCACGGCCUAUUCUCUUGCA